UUGUUUUGAGUGAAUCAUCUGUCUGAGCGUGUCUGUGAUGUGAUAGAUGAUCAGCUGAGGGCUAUAAAACACCUGAAGACCUGAAGACCUGCAGCAGAACACCUCACAGACUGAUUUGGUCCAGCUGAAGACAUCAGGCUUCGACGUUCGGACCCAAGUCGGUUCUCCGGGAAACGUCAGGAACGUCAGGAACGUCUGUAAAAGUGGAAGCUCUUCAGCCGCCCUGAAUCAGAACUCAAUCCUCCUCAGAUGGAGUUCAGCAUCCAGCACGUCUGGAACAGCGACCCGGUGGAUCACCAGCCGGUGAGGAUCCGCUUCUCCCCUGGAGACGGAAGCCUGAGGAUGGAGGUGUGCGCCCCAUUCUUCGCCGACCCACCCGCGCCAGCAGGACCACCGGGACAGCCCUUCCCUGGACUCUGGGACUAUGAAGUGGUGGAGUCGUUCUUCCUCAACAGCAGCAGCGAGAGAUACCUGGAGGUGGAGGUCUGCCCACACGGACAGCACCUGGUCCUGCUGCUGAGCGGAAAACAUCACGCUUUCAUGCAACAGGUUCCACUUUCGUUCAGCGCCGUGGUAACAGGUAACAGGUGGAAGGGGGAGGCCCUCAUACCCUGGAGCUACUUCCCGCCCGGCGUGGACAAGAUGAACUCGUACGCCAUCCACGGCUCUGGGAGUGGGCGAAGCUACGAAGCCCUUUACCCCGUCCCCCCGGAGGACCUCCAGCCAGGACAGGGGCCGGACUUUCACCGCCUGGAGUAUUUCCAGCCCUUCAGCCUGCAGAGCAUCAUGGGAGAAGGCUGGGUCCAGCCCGAGUCUGACCUGUGGAAGAACACCUAAACAGCUGGUCUCGGAUCAGUUGACCUCAGCGCCACCCUGACCGGCUCUACUGGGCAGAGCUGACCUGAUGAUGAUGAUGAUGAUGAUGAUUAGGUUUUAAUGGCAGUUAGACGGGCGGUACCGUUAAACACGGCGUACGGUAAUAACGCCGCUGUAAUCUGAGGAACGUGUCUGGGAACCUGAACAGCGUUUACACAGUAAAGCGGCUGUUACGACCCACUCAGCUCAGAUAAACAGGCCUCCGAGGUUUCCUCACGCAAACAAGCCAAUAAAGUCCAUCACCCAA